GGUUGGAGUGGGAAGGGGAAUUCGGGUUCCGAGGCGUGGGGAUUGAGUGAUGGUGCAUUGACGGAGAAAAUGGUGGAGAUUGGGGGUGUGGUGGGUAGGGAUCGAGAAUAGAGUGGAUUGGAGCUGGAGGGUGUUGCUGCAGGAGUGAGGGAGAGCGAAGAUGGAUGGGAUGCAGGGAUUUAGGUUUUGAGGUGAGGGAGAAGGAGGCUCGGGGCGGUGCGUGAGGCGUUGAGUGGAGGGACAUCGAGGGUUGCUGGUUGUGGGACUCGGUUGAUAGGAAGAGACGAGCACGACUGAGUGAGUUUGACAGGGGUCUGGAGUUGGGGGAGCUAUUGGGAGAAUUGCAGAGUAGAGAUCUGUGGGGAACAAGUGAGCAGGAGAUGAGGCGAAGAGUGAUGGUUGGUGGGGAGGAGGAGGAAGAGCGGGUAAAGUUUGAGAUUCCUUGAGUAUAGAGAGGGAAGAGCGACCCACAAUGCAGGUCCAUAUCUCUCCCAGCAUGAGACAGAUCAUAAUAUCCACAUCGCCCGGGUUCUUGGAUCCCCUAAAGAUGAAAGGCGCCGCGAGAUACCUGAGUUACCGUUGCAUCUUCUGGACCUUCCUCUUUCUUGCCUUCUCUCUGCCGUUCCUUUUCAUCACCAGCGCGCUCAUCACUCUCGAUGGCGUUCACAACUGCACAUCUCUAGAUUGCUUUGGAAGGAAACUUGGACCCAAGUUAUCGUGGAGAAGACAUGCCACUAAAUUUACGCAGGAUUCGGCAGAUAAAUACUCGGCACUCUUGCAAUACAGAAGCGAGAAGGAACUAACUGAUAUACCAGACACUAUUGAGGCAUUGUUGAUAGAAGCUCGGAGCAAGCAGUAUGACAUGCCAACUCUAUUGCGACGCAUGAAAUCUAUGGUUGAGGUUAAUGAGGAAAAAGUUCGUGCAGCGAAGCUUCAGGAGGCCCUGUACAGGCACUACGCGAGCAGUGGAGUUCCAAAGGGCCUCCAUUGUCUUGCGUUGAAGUUGACUGGAGAAUAUUCAAGUAACGCGCGAGCUCGGCAAGAUCUGCCCUCUCCCGACCUGGCUCCACGGCUGACAGAUCCAGCAUAUCAUCAUCUGGUUGUUGCGACCGAUAAUGUUUUAGCGGCGGCGGUGGUUGUGACUUCAACAAUACGUAAUGCAGCUGAACCUGAGAAGAUAGUUUUCCAUGUGAUUACCGACAAGAAGACGCAUGCAGCUAUGCAUGCAUGGUUUGCGCUCAAUCCUUUAGCUCCUGCAAUAGUGGAAGUGAAAGGAGUGCACCAAUUCGAGUGGCUGAUCAGAGACAACGUGCCCGUAUUGGAGGCCAUGGCAUCUUCUCAGGACGUUAAGUAUUAUUACCAUGGUGACCACACAGCAGGAGCGAACAUUAGUCAGUACUCGCCCACUAUCCUGGCGUCGUACCUGCAAGCGCGUUCCCCGAAAUAUAUCUCAAUUAUGAACCACCUCCGCAUCUAUCUACCAUACCUUUUUCCGGAACUGGAGAAAGUGGUGUUUCUUGACGAUGACGUUGUCGUGCAAAAAGAUCUGAGCCCUUUGUGGGAUUUGGAUCUCAAUGGUAAAGUGAACGGUGCUGUUGAGACUUGCCAUGGGGAUGAUACUUGGGUGAUGUCAAAGACCUUCAAGAACUACUUCAAUUUCUCUCACCCCAUAAUCUCCUCAACAUUUGCUCCAGACAAGUGCGCGUGGGCAUACGGUAUGAAUGUAUUCGAUCUACAAGCUUGGAGGAAAGCUGAUAUUACCCGUGUGUAUCACUACUGGCAAAAGCAGAAUUUGCAACUGAAUUUGACAUUGUGGAGGUUGGGGACGCUACCCCCAGCACUUAUAGCCUUUGAUGGCAAUGUGCACCCAAUACCUGGUAACUGGCAUAUGCUGGGGUUGGGAUAUAAUACGAAUACGAACGUGGAGGCUGUGGAAAACGCAGCGGUAAUUCACUACAAUGGUCAGGCAAAACCGUGGUUGGACAUAGCUUUCCCUCAGUUGAGACCUUUCUGGUCGAAGUACGUAAAUUUCUCAGACAAGUUUAUUAGGCAGUGUAAUAUUCUAGACAGAGCGUAGCUUCUUCUCCAUCCUCUUCUGCGAAUAGAAAAAUUGUGAUCGCCGCUCCCCCGCCUUCCGGUUCUAAGUCCACUGCCUCAGAGAGACACCAAGUUUGUCAGGUUGAAGGCGUUCACGUUAAGAGGCUCAAAAUUGCGGAUGGCGACGCAUGGGUUGUUACCAGAGUUUACAUUGCUGGAUGCGCCAACAAGCGAAAAGGGCCUGUGAUGUACAUGGAUGGAAGGUAUAAUUGGAGACAGGGAUAGCUGAAGAUGGUGCCCUUGCAACGCGAAGGACAGUGCUGAGGUGGAAGGUUGCAGCGGCAUGACCUGUGAUAACGAUCCUUGUCACAUUAUUUGCAACAGCUAUGGGCUUUAUCACUGUUGGAUGUUCCUUGCUAUUCUAGAAACUGAGUCAGCAAGUUCAAUACUGAAGGAGUGUUGUGAAGUGCGUCACCUUGACUUAGGUUCCCAUUGUUGAGUAGAAACAUCCAAAUUGGAAUGUGUAAAACCUUUGUUCUUUCAUUUUUUAUACUUUGGUGGCAAUGCCACCCUUAUCAUGACUA